AGUACUCUAACACGUCUCCCACCUGUAGCGCACUGGAAGAAAUGUCAGCUCAACUCGAGGAAACUAAAGAAAAGCCGGGGUUUUGUUAAUAAUUGGAACUUGUGCAGAGCCCGGACUGCUGCUGGGGAAGCAGAGGAGCACUAAAGGACUCUUAAGGAUCGAGACUUGGUUUGGAGACACGGAAAACCCGCGAGCUCUUCCUCAGAGCGCGGUGAUCCCGGGCACCAUGCGCUCCCCGCCGCGCGCCCAAGCUGCUGUGGAGGAUUACACAUUAUGAGCCGCCAUGGCAUGGUGUGACCGAGGGGUUCAGAUCCUGCUGGCCGUCGUGGGGGCCUUCACCGCCUUCAGUCUCAUGACCAUCGCCAUCGGCACCGACUACUGGCUUUACUCUCGCGCGUACAUCUGCAACACCACGAAUGUCAGCUCGGAUGAUUCCCAGAUGCAACCCAAGAAAGUCCGAGGCGACCUGACGCACUCCGGGCUCUGGAGGAUCUGCUGCAUCGAAGGUAUCAACAAAGGAAGCUGUUUUCGAAUCAAUCACUUUCCAGAGGAUAACGACUACGACACAGACAGCUCCGAAUACAUCUUACGUGUAGUUCGUGCAUCAAGCCUCUUCCCCAUCCUCAGCACCGUCCUGCUGAUGCUGGGCGGACUGUGUGUUGGAGUCGGACGCAUCUACAGCGGCAGAAAUAACAUCCUGCUCAGCGCUGGCAUCCUGUUUGUGUUUGCAGGGUUAAGCAACAUCAUCGGCAUCAUCGUCUACAUCUCGAGCAACGCUGGAGAUCCCAGCGACAAGAAGAGCGAGGACAAGAAGAACCAGUACAAUUACGGCUGGUCCUUUUACUUCGGCGCCCUCUCCUUCAUUGUGGCAGAGUCUGUCGGCGUUCUCGCCGUCAACAUUUAUAUCGAGAAAAACAAAGAGAAGCGCUUCCGAACUCGACGCGACUUCAUCAAAACCUCAUCUUCUUCACCGUACUCUCGCAUCCCCAGUUACCGCUACCGACGAAGGCGCUCACGCUCCAGCUCGACCGAGCCCUCCAGAGAGCCGUCUCCUGUCGGGUUAAAGAUCGGCGGCAAAGGAGGAGGAGCGUUGGGGAUGGGUUUGCCGAUGGGGGAUAUAUCGCUGUACGCCCUGAGUAGGGACCCUCUGAAGGGUGCGAGCGCUGCUGCAGGACCUUACAGUCCAGAGAGAGACUCUGGGUUUUUACAAGUCCACAACUGCUUCCAGAAAGAUCUGAAGGACGGAGUGAACAGGAGGACCACGCCGGUAUGAGGUCAGGGGUUUAUUUCUGUGAGUAACAAUCUGCCUGAUGGAAAACAUCACAGUGAUUGUACAGCUAAUGGAAAAGGACAUUUCCUCCCCCGGGCAGCAGAGAUGUUGAAAAGGUCAGAGCUCAAAAUUGUUUUCCUCGCGUCCGUCUGCGACAGAACGCCGAUUUAAGUUUUAUUUGGAGGAAAUGUGGAAACAACUUUUCUACGAUCCUGCUUGGUAUCUCGUUCAACGUGAACGCAGUCGUUUUGUAGCAAUAUUUAAAUUUAUUUGUCACUUUCUUUUACUGUCGGACUCUCUCUGGUUUUCUUUGAGGGAGAUUUUCCUAACCAAUAAAAUAAUCCAACGUAGAGACGAUGAAUACGAUGAGAACCCUAAAUAUUAAACUUCAGGUAUGUUUUUAUUUUUACAGAUGUUGUAAAGAUUAGUUUGUUUCUUUCACUCUAAGACUUGAAGUGAUUACGUGAUUGUUUUGAUUGUUUAUUGUAUUAUUGUGUGUAUUUGUUUAUAACUCGACACAACUGGUGCUAAUGAAUCUGAUGGUCUUAAACUGCCGUUCAAACACUGACUGUAUCUGAGUACCGCCCCUUUGUUAGUGACUCCUGUGAUAAACACAGUAUGCUGCAGAGUGUGUCACUGCCACACCGUGACACACUCGUACUAUGAAAGUGGAUUUGUGUGGAUACAAACAACAACAACAACAAUGACGGCAGUAUUGUCAGCAUCCCGUGUGAUUUAACGUGUUUGGUACAGCCCGUCCGCUUUGCUCUCCAUCGGCUCAGGGAUGAUGUGUGGAUGUACUUUCAGACGUGCAGAGCAUGAGAGAGAGGGAGACGUUUUGAUGUUGUGCUUUUCCUUACUAAGCUUGACAGACUGUUACUGUAGCUGUGUGUGUAAAAAAUGAAGCUGAGAUCACGUUGUAUGCGCUGCUGUUAAUCAACAUG